UUAAAAUUAUGUUACAUUAGACGUGCUACAAAUAGUUACCAAAGUUUGUAAGUUAUAAAAAUAUAAUUCAUUUUGAUUUGCAGUACAAAUAUACUAAGAUAAUUAAGAUUAUUUCCUUGUGGUGAUAGCCAAGAAGGAUAUAUUCGCCAGUUCUAUCCUGGUGCUUUCCCUCUUUUUCUUUCACUGAUUCAGAUAUGUAUUUUUCAUUUUCUUUUUUUAUGUCUAUUGAUGUCUUCAUAUUUUGUUGGUGAAUUAUCAAAAUCGUUUCACGACACGUUGUUGAAUGUCACCAACGGUGAGCUUGGAGUUAAGCUUCUGGAAAAGCUGAUGGCCUUGACGGUAUGGUAAUACAAUUAAAUAGAGCAGGCCGAAAAGUGGGCAAGAGACCAUCUCUGACUAAACAUCUCGUGGUUCUAUCCGACUGUGCAGAUCGCUUGUUGACUUCAGCCGCACGAGACCGGCAUGGUUCCUGUGUUUCCGAUGAUUGUUUUUCUGGUCGGGUUAAUUCCACAAGUGAUCCCCCACCCACCAUACCGAGGACCAUGGCGUCCACAUAUGAGCGAAGUCGUUUAUUACUCUGAUUAUUCAUAUCCAAAGACGUCUGCGCCAAAGACUACCUUCCUCCCCAAGCCUCAAUACUGUCCUGAAACAGGACGAACAGUCUGUAAAAAUGUUCCUUAUUACCCAAGUGAAUACAUAUAUCGCCUGGUGGCAGAAACUAAAGCAAAAAGUUUCAAUUUCACGUCUAUCUUCUUUGACGAACACGAUGGGGACACUGAACCAAACAUAAACCUUCUUCCGCCGGAGCCCAAGGAGGUGGAACAAAAUAGCCAAAUACCCCACCAGCAAGAGAUCAAUAAGCGAAACCAUCCAAUUUGGAGCCACUAUGGUCACAACCAAGGCUAUGAAAUCGGUUACGCACCGACAUACUCUCGUCCAUAUUACCGCCACAGACCUUUGUAUUCGAACCAGUGUCAGAGUAGCUCUGUUCAUCUUUACAGAGGACGGAGACAAAGGGAAGAAGAGCCACUCUGUGCUAUUCGGACGAUGUUCAUUCUGCCUGAAGCUGGUCUCACAGACCAGUCGCAAUGGAAGUUUGUUGUUAAUAUUCCCGACAAAGAUCCUCGGUUUAAGCAAGUCAUCAGAGUCGAUGUGUGCAGCGCUCCAAACGAGGCCUGCGCGAACAAGAUCUCUCUUCCACCUGGCUAUGAAAGUAGAUGUAAACAAAAAUACAGCAAGAAGUCAUUGGUAACUUUAGAUGGUGAUGGACAAGGAACCAGUCAAGAUCAGGUUUUUCUCCCCACGUGCUGUGUGUGUCAGAUCGUCUUGAUAAUACAGAAGUAAAACCGUCAUCCUCUAUAUUUCCUGUAGUUCCUCGAGCUACGUUUCUAUCCCAUCUAACCCCAAGUCUUGUUUACUGAUGGUUCUAGACAGGAACUAGUCACUCCUUUCCAGCGUCAGAAUACCAAAAUGGAUUGCCAGACGAUGUUGACUUCAGAGUGUCAAAUUGGUCAUUUUGUUUCUGUGUAUUUCUAGGACAAUUUAGCA